AUGGAAAAGAGUAAAUAUAAAAAUAAACAUAACAAUAACGGACAUACUAAUAAUGACUAUAAUAAAAGUAAAAGAUUAAUUGAGAAUUCAGGCUAUUCAUUAUCCCCUUAUUCAACAUAUUCUAAUUCAUAUGGAGAUAAUAUUUCCUGUACCAAUUCUAUCUCCUCACCGAUUAUAUUCUCAUCAUUAGAAAGUCUACCCUUGAAUAAUGUGGAUUCAUUUAAUUUUGACGAUAGUGGUUUAAUGACCAAUGAUAGCAGUAAACAACAACUUUCACAAAGUUUACAAUACAACUCAGCAUCAAAAUCAAAAUCAAAAUCAAAAUUAAAAUCAAAGUCAAAAUUAGAGUCAAAGUUGAGAGCAAAAUCAGAAACUGAUAAACUCAUGGUCAAAAGCAAAAAUCAUUUAACAAAAGAUUCCAAAAAAUCCUCAUCCCAAACCCAACUCUCAAACUCAUUAAGACGAGUGAGUACUUUGGUAUUUGAUAAUGGUAAUAAAGUGCUUGUGAGAAGUAAUAGUUCAAUAAAACUUAUUGCUGAUAAGGUAUUGGAAAAAACAGGCAAUAAAUCAACUUGUCAUAAUCAAAAAAAAUCUCCAAAACAUCGAAAUUCAAUUAAAAAAUUAAACUCAAAGCAGGUUAUAAAAUCAAACACAAAUAAAAACACAGCUCAUGAUCAAUAUUUUUUAUCAGAAAAAAGUGCUGAUAUAUCAAUAUCGGAAUUAAUUGACAGUAACCAUCAAAUCAUUUCUUUGUCAACUGCCUCUACUUUAUCCUCAACCUAUUCAAUUGAUAAUUCUUUCUCUAAAAGCCCAAAUUUUUCUUCUCAAUUACCCACUACCGAAAAAUUAAAUACUCAAAACAAAAAAAUAGAUCAAAACACUGCUCAAUAUAUUCCUGACAAUAAUUUUCAAGAUAAUUCUUCAAAUAUGCUUACUUUACCUGAUAUUUUCAAUUGUAAUAUUAAUGUCAUUAAAACUUCUGAUCCUUUUACACCAGUUGUUGAUACUAAAAGUUUCAAAAAUUCAAAACAAUUUAUCAAUUCUUCAAGUAACUUUGAAAGAAUUGAAAAAGUCGAAAAACUUGAUAAUAACUAUUAUCAAACAUUACUAGAAGAAAAACAAAUUUCUUUUAACAAUGAAGAUGACCCAAAUAAAGCUGAAAGCCUUCAAAAUCUCUCACCAAAUCAAUUGCUUGAAAAUAAAAUUUUUGAACCAUAUCAUCGACCAGAAAGCUCCGAUUUACCAUUAAUCGCUUUAAAUUCAGAUUCCAUCAAUGAUAAGUUGGAUCAAGAGUACAAGGUUUUUCACUCAAUUUCAAAUGAUAUAAAUUCGAAUAAUUUUAAUAAAAAUAACAAAACUCAUACAAUAAUCAAUAAACCUUCAAUGCCAUCAGCUCCAAUUGAAAAAAUAACUGAUUGGAGAAGCAUCAUUCAUAAAAGAUUAAACAUCAAUGAUGAUUUAGAAGAUUUAAUGCAACUCAAUCAACCUGACUUUUUUGAUAAUAAAACAAUAAGCUCUUCAGAUAGCAUGAAUACAAAAAAAUAUCAAAAAAACAGAAUCAGAAGUAAGAGCAAAAGCAAAAGCAUGUUUAAAAAUAAAAAUAAUAGUGGAGAAUCCAUAGAUUUAUACCAAAACCAACAAAACUAUUAUCAUUCUAAUAAUAAUCAAAGGAAAAAUCACCAUAUUGACAAACACAAAAAUUCCAAUAACCAUCAUCGUCACCAUCGUUACCACCAUCGUCAUUAUACUAGUAACAAAAAAUCACACAACCAGUCUAAGGAAUCAUUUAGAAAUUCAAAAGAAGGCUUAAGAAAACAGUCGAAAGAAAAUCAAAAUAAAAAAUCAAAAAAGGAUUCAAUAGAAAAUUCCACAAAUGUUUCAAAUUUCAAAAAAUUACAUCAGAAGCAUCAAAGUUCCAGAAUAUAUCCUUUGUCAAGAAGGUCUUCUCGUAGUAAUUGCAAAAAAUCUAGAAAUGACUCUUGCUCUACAACAGAUAGAGAAUCAAUCACUAGCGCAAAAUCAAAUCUUUCAAUUAAAAAUUUCUGGAAUCAAACUAAAGAAAAAAGUCAGGAUAUAACUGUCAAAACUGGAAAAAAGUUUUAUGAUAAAUUUUCUUCAUUCACAGUAAAUUCACCUUCUAAUAUUCAUUUAAAACUGGAUAAAAGUCCGGAGGAAGAUUUCAAAAAGUUUUCUGUUAUGAGGAAUAAUAAUAACAUGGAUGAUGGUAGAAAUUUACACAUUUUUUCAGAAAAUAAUCCAUUUGUGGUGAGCAAUUUUAAGGAGAAUCCCAAACAAGAUCAAGAAACUGAGAAAAGAUUUAUGGAAGCCGAGACUAGUCUUAAUAUUAGCAAAGAAACCAAUGCUUCCAGUUGCAAUACAACUCUAAAAUCUAAGAACACAAUACAUGAAAAAGCUAAAACAGUUUUAGAUAGAACAACAUUUUUUUAUAAAAAAUAUACAUCAGGGAUAAAAAAAAAGAAAAUUCCGGUAAAUGAAUUAUUUGUUUAA